AGAUAAAUACACUCACCUCACUCAUCCCAAUCCAAAUAGUCCCCUCCUCUGCCUCUUCCCUAUCACUUUUCAAUUUCUGUCUCUACAUAUACAUACAGUCGUACAGAUAAUUUUCUUUUUUCAUGUAUAUGCAUGGAGCCAUCAAUGGAUCCACCACCUCCAACUAUUGACUCGACUGGUGAAGCCCACAUCGCUCCUGCAGCGAACCCAACUCCAAUUAAAGCUCCCGCCGUCAACCAUCCACCUUAUGCUGAGAUGAUAAAGGCGGCAAUUAGGGCUUUGAAGGAGAGAAAUGGGUCGAGCAAAAGGGCUAUAGCUAAGUACAUAGAAACUCAGUACUCGAACCUGCCACCCACUCAUUCGUCGCUGUUGACUAAGCAUCUGAAACGGUUGAAGAACAGUGGCCAGGUUCUCAUGGUAAAGAACUCUUACAAGCUUCCUAGAUCUACUACCGUAUCUGUUACUGCCAAUGUAAAUGGUAAUUCCAUUUCUGGUCCUGCUACUGUUGGGCCCAAAAGACGGCCUGGUCGUCCACCCAAGAAUGCUCAAGCUGCUGUGCCGAAUGUUAUACCUGUUUUUGCUCCUGAAACGCAGCAGGCUGUGCCAAUUGUUGUUCCCGGGACUGAAUUGAACAGGGCAAUUGGGCCAGGGAGUGUGUACGUUCCAGUUGGGUCUGUAAAUGGUGAUGAUUCUGGUGCUGGAGAUGUAAAGAAAAAAGUCCACGGUCGUCCGCCUAAGCUGGGUGUGCCGAACCAAGGUGGGCUAAAGAAGGGACGUGGUCGUCCACCAAAGAGUUUGGGGGCUCAGCCACGUGGUAUUCAGAGGCCCAGAGGGAGGCCCAAGAGGGAUUCUUCUUCUUCUGCUGUUGUGACUGGAAUGACUGCUCGAGGACAGCCAAAGAAGACGGUUGCAGCUGCUGGUGUGGUGAAGGGGUCUGGGAGGCCACGUGGAAGGCCUCCAAAGCCUAAGGAUGUGGUGGCUGGAGUUGCUCAACCUGUGGCAGUUGGUGGGAUUGUAGCAACUGUUUCUGUUGGGAUGCCUACUGGUGCUACAUUAGCGGUGGGUUCUGGAGGAGUUUCACCGGCUGCACAGAAGCGACCAGGACGACCACCAAAGGUUGGUGGUGAGGCGAAGAAACCCUUGAAGCUGCCUACUGUGAAGCCCAAGAAGCCCAGAAAGCUAUCUGGAAAACCUUUGGGGCGGCCCAAGAAGGAUGCAUCAGGUACAGUGACUCAAGCGCCCAACUCCCAACAGCAAGUGGCUUUUGAAGAUCUUAAAGGCAAACUUGAGCAUUUGCAAUCAAGAAUCAAGCAAACAGUGAAUGUGGUAAAACCGUGCUUAGACAAUGCAACUGCAAUAAGUGCCUUACAAGAGCUAGAAACCCUGGCUUCAAUGGACUUAAAUGCACCCACAAGUGUUCAUGGCGUGCCACCUCAGCCCCAGACCGAAAUGACUAGAGAGGAAAACAAUUUAGUUCUGACAAUUGCAAGUUGAAGUGAGGGUUAUAGAGGCUUGUAUUUCAUUAAGCCUUGUCUCAACGAAACUUGAUACAUGACCUUGAGCAAGACAAGGGACAAGCAAGAGCCUGAAAAUUGAUAAAACGUUUCAGGGGUUUAAUAAUGAUGGUCUUUCAACGUGGCCACUGGGAGAUGUGCUAGGAAUGCUAGAGGGAAUGGUAAAUGCAUAUGAGGUGUGGAGAUCUCUUGAAGAAUAAUUGCUUCCUAACAAAAAGGAGAAAGAGUAUUUAUUGAACUGGCUGUUGUUCAAAAGAAACGGUUUUGUUGAAUUAUUUCGGGUUUAAUUUUUGAAGAAAUUAUUAUGUUUAUGUUUGAAGGAUGUGGAUCUUGUUGCUUUGUUCUCCGCAAAGGGAAUAAUGUAGAGCAUUAUCUUGCUUCUUUAGCUAUUCUUAAUCCAGCAUUUUCUGUUUGGGUUGAUUGUAUGCCAAACUUCAUGGAGCUAUUUGUUCUUGGCAAUCUU